AGGAGGGGCUCCUGGCAUGUCAGCGGGAGCAGCGGCAGGAAGAGGAGGAAGAGGAGGAAGAGACGGCCACACAAACACGGCUAUCCACCGCUCCCAGCCCGGUCCGGUACGUGAGUGAAAAUGUCCACGAUUCAAACGUUGAGAGCUUUUGUCAACCGGCGACUGACUGCGGUUAUAGAGGAAAUCUUCGCGCUGCUGGAAACAACCAUAUCGAACUACGAAGAAGAGAUUGAUCGCCAGCGCAGGCUGCUGGAGGAUGUUGUCAAGCCCGACAGCGACAUAAACCAAGUUUUACCUCCAGGUGUCCGAAAACUGAUUGUCAGAAAGGAAGACCAGCAGGUAUGGAGGACCAGUCUGGACCGAGAGGACCCAAAGGGCCCACAUAUUAAAGAGGAACAGGAGGAGCUCUGUGUCAGUCAGAAUGUAAAGCAGCUUGAAGAACUGAAGGAUGUUGAAAUCACUAAGUUUCCAUUCACUGCUUUGACUGUGAAGAGUGAAGAUGAUGCAGAGAAAGCUCAGUCCUCACAGCUUCAUCAAAGACAAACUGAGGAGAACAGAGAGGCAGAGCCUCCAGCCAGCAGCUCAGCUCAGAAAGUGGAACCAGAAACUGACAGCUGUCAUCAGCUGCUGUCUUUAUACUGUUGUGAAUCAGAGACUGAGGAUAGUAAUGACGAUUGGAAGGAGACAGGGGAACAAGAGUCAGGUUCUGACAAACUGAAAAACAAGAGCACCUCCGAUCAUAAUAAAUCCUGCACCCGGGAGAGGCCAUUUAGUUGCACAGUUUGUGAGAAAAGAUUUGGCUGCAAAGGAAAUCUGCAUGCCCACAUGAGAAGCCAUACAGGAGAGAAGCCUUUCACCUGCACUGUUUGUAACAAAAGUUUUAGUGCGAAGGUCAAUCUGAAGACUCAUAUGAGAAGUCAUACCGGGGAGAAACCAUUCAGCUGCUCAAUGUGUAACAAAAGUUUUAGUCAAAAGAAGACAUUAGUUAUACACCUGAGAAGUCAUACAGGGGAGAGACCAUUUAGUUGUUCAUUCUGUGGAAAAUGUUUUAGUGAAAAGGGAACUUUGAAGAGACACAUUAGAGUUCAUACAGGAGAGAAACCAUACAGUUGCAGUGUUUGUGGACGGAAUUUUAGUUUGCUGUCACAUGUUAAAAGCCAUAAGUGUGCAGCAGCUUCCUCUGUUCUAAAGAAGCUGGAUGUUGUGCAGGCUAAGGAUCUUAGAAAGACAACUUCCAAACUCUCCUCCGCGCUGAAAUAUGACGUCACAGUUUCGCGCCAAAGCCAGCGCCUCAAAGCUGUCUCCUCUCAAAGUUUGGUCGGAGAGUUGUGUCCUGUUCGUUUUGUUACAAUGUGUAAAAUCCAAACUCUGAGAAAGCUGGUGAACCAACGACUGGGUACAGCUGUAGAGGAGAUAUUUAGACUCUUUGAAACAACCAUCGCGGAAUAUGAAGAAGAAAUUGAACGCCAACGCAGACUGCUGGAGGUUGUGGACAGGCCUGUCAGCCGAGUAAAUAAAGCAGAUUUUACACAGCUUUUGGCGAUUAAACAAGAGCUUCCUUCUGGGCAGCAGGAGUCGAGCACCAGUCCUGACCAGGAGGACCCAGAGCCCCCCCAUGUUAAAGAGGAGCAGGAGGAACUCUGGAGCAGUCAUGAAAGAGAGCAGCUUCAGGAACCGGAGGAGGAUUAUAUUGCUAAGUUCCGAGUCACUGCUUUGCCCGUGAAGAGUGAAGAUGAUUUAGAGAAAGCUCAGUCCUCACAGCUUCAUCAAAGACAAACUGAGGAGAACAGAGAGGCAGAGCCGCCAGCCAGCAGCUCAGCUCAACAAAUUGAACCAGACUCUUCUGAUUCUGAGACUGAAUACAGUAAUGAUGAGUGGAAAGAGACAAGGGAACCUCAGCCGGGUUCAACUUUUGUGAAACAUAAUGAAGUCUAUGUAAUUGUUGAAAAAUGUCAUUGUAGUAUUGGCAAGAAAACUUAUAGGUGCUCUGAGUGUGGUAAAAAAUUUAGCCUGAAGGGAUCUCUGCAGAGACACAUUAGAGUUCAUACAGGAGAGAAACCAUUUAGCUGUUCAAUCUGUGGUAAAAAAUUUGGCCGGAAGCAACAUCUGCAGGAACACGUGAUCAUUCAUACAGGCGAGCAACCAUUUAGUUGUACAGUAUGUGGCAAAAGGUUUCGUUAUAAAGCGGGCAUGAGGAAGCACAUGAGAGCACACACAGAGUGUGUGUGUGAUAAAAUGUUGACCCAGAAUGAAAGAUUACCUUCACAUAUGACAGUUCAUAGAGACAAAGCUGCUUUCAGCUGUUCAGUCUGUGAAAAAGAAUUUAAAGGCAGAGCAGCACUGUAGCAGCACUAUAAGCUCCAUGAGGGCAGGAAUUAUUGGACAAUUGUUGUAUUAGACUGCAUUAGUUCUAGCUAAAUGUACCUAUUCAACUGCCAACUGAUUGUAUUUGUUGAUUUUGCAACAUUACAUUACAUAUACUGUAAUAAAGAAUUAUCUCCUUAUUGGCCACCCCUAAUUUACGUUUACCUUGUGUUGAUGUAGAGUAAUGUUAAAGAGAGAAACUGCUCUUUGGCUCAAAUUCAGCUUGAAUAUUACCAUUUCAGUUUACGACCUGAGCAAUAAAUCAGUGUUCAAA